CACCAACGGUCCCCGAAAGGGGCGGGCUUUUGUCAUUCAUUGGCUGAACGCCAAGGCAGGAAAACACAUGCCGAAAUUCGAUUGGCUAGUACGCUCCCUGCAGUUACCCGGAUAGAGUUUGGCUAUAUAAUGCGGACAAUUGAAGGCGGGGGUUGUAGUCCAAAACCAGCCGUUGGUACUCGAUUUUGUGCUGCAGCUUAAAAAAAAAAAAAAUAUAUAUAUAUAUAUUUGUGGCUUUUAAAUAUGGCUGGCGGUAAGGCGGGUAAAGACUCCGGGAAGACCAAGACGAAGGCUAUCUCGCGCUCUCAGAGGGCAGGACUACAGUUCCCGGUGGGUCGUAUCCACAGACACCUCAAGUCCCGGACCACCAGCCACGGGAGAGUGGGAGCCACUGCGGCGGUGUACAGCGCGGCUAUUCUGGAGUACCUCACGGCCGAGGUUCUGGAGUUGGCCGGGAAUGCGUCCAAGGACCUUAAGGUGAAGCGUAUCACCCCCCGCCACUUGCAGCUGGCCAUCAGAGGAGAUGAAGAGCUGGACUCGCUUAUCAAAGCCACUAUCGCGGGUGGAGGUGUGAUCCCUCACAUCCACAAGUCCCUGAUUGGAAAGAAGGGCCAGCAGAAGACGGUAUAAACGGGACGACGCCUGCAUCAAGUGGUUAAAUGUCUUUAGAUUUAGGAGUAACUUGUAUCGGUGAGCUCGCAUUUACUCACCUGGGGUAUUUUUAAAAGUGGCUUCAGAGAAGCUCAUUUUUUUUGUGUUUCAGCUUUUGUUUUGGUUCUCUUCUGGGAUGCUGCAUUUUUUUUUUUGCUUUUGUGGCAAUUCAAUGUUCAAAUUGGCGUUUUAAUAAAGCUCUAAUUGGGCAUUUGCAGUUUCUUCUUUCAGUUCUUGCA